AUGGCGACCAUUCAAGACGUUGCCGACGAGCAGGCCUUCCUGUCCACCAUCUCCACGCUGCCCGCCUCCACCCUCGCCGUCAUAUACUUCCACGCGCCAUGGGCCAAGCCAUGCGAGCAAAUGUCCAUCAUCCUCAAGACGCUCGCCAGCACAUACCCCGCCGACGCGCCCAUAUCGUUCCUCGCGCUCAACGCCGAAGAAGUCCCAGAGGUUUCCGAAGAGUACGACGUCACAGCUGUUCCAUACAUUGUGCUGCAGAAAGACGGCAAGACGCUAGAGACAGUUUCGGGGUCCGAUGCCGCCAAGGUACGAGCGGCGGUGGAGAAAUAUGCUGGUGCGGGCUCAGGCUCAGGUGACUCCAAAGCAAAUCUGCCACCAGCGCAGACAGUUACACGACCAGCGCAGACGAAUGGCACGGACAGCGCGGGCAAGAACUUGGCCGGCUAUGCGCCAGGCGCCCAAGAUCCGAACACUGCGCCCGAGUACAGCGCGAGCGAGCACCGCGAGGGCGAGCAGCAGACAAACAAGGAGGAGCUGAUGAAGAGGCUAGGCGAGCUUGUCAAGGCGGCACCCGUCAUGCUGUUUAUGAAGGGCACACCAAGCGCACCGCAGUGUGGCUUCAGCAGGCAGACGGUCAGCGUACUGCGCGAGAAGGGCGUACGGUACGGCUUCUUCAACAUCCUGGCCGACGACGAGGUUCGGCAGGGUCUGAAGGAGUAUGCGGAUUGGCCAACUUUCCCACAAUUGUGGGUGGAUGGUGAGCUGGUUGGCGGUCUUGAUAUUGUCAAGGAAGAAUUUGAGAACGACCCCGAGUUCCUCUCACAGUAUUCACGUUCAACAAAGCAGCGGCUUAGAGACCUCGACCCACAUACCAUCUGAGGAACGAGCGAUGAUGAAAUCGAGCCUGCAAGUCACACCAAACAAAAUGUCAAGACUAGGAAUAUGGGUGUAGGAAGAGCUCAAGAGAUAAUGUCUGUCCCAAUACCGUUGAUAAGGAUUGAACUCUAAGUGUACUUGUGCCGGCUCAAGCCGACGGCUGGAUACGAUGUUAUGAUCUUUCUGGUCUCCUGCUUCCAUGGAACGCAGUUUGUGAAUACAUUUACUUUCCACCUAU